CACCUUCUUCUUCUUCUUUUUCCGCAAGCAAGCAAGCAAGCCGUAUAUGCACGCAUUAUCUCUUCCACCUCCUCAUUCUCUUCUUCUUCUCCUUCUCCUUCUCCUUGUAGGGAGCAGCGCCUACCAAGCUCUUUUCCACCAGUCCAUCUUUUCCACCGGUAGUCCAUCACAUGGACAUGGGUCAAGACGAGCGCCAGGAUCCAGAGCUGCCGGCCAUGGAGAAGGAGCUCUCUGCCGACGCGGUAGCCUGCGACUACUGCAGCGGCCCACAGGCGGUGGUGUACUGCCGGGCCGACAGCGCCAGGCUCUGCCUGCCGUGCGACCGCCACGUGCACGCCGCCAACGCGGUCUGCUCCCGCCACCUGCGCGCUCCGCUCUGCGCCGCAUGCCGCGCCACCGGGGCCGUCUUCCGCCACGGCGGCCCCGAAUUCCUCUGCUCCAACUGCGACUUCGGGAGGAGCAGGGACGGCGAACUGCCGCUGCACGACCGCUGUACAGUCCAGGGGUACACGGGACGACCCUCGGCGCACGACCUCGCUGCUCUUCUCGGGGUCCCCGACUUGGACAAGCCCUCGGCCGGCAAAGCCGACGACGGUUGGUGGGCCAUCUGGGAGGAGCCCCAGGUGUUCAGCCUGGAGGAUCUCAUCGUGCCCACCACUUCUUGCCAUAGCUUCCAGCCCCUCGUCACGCCGUCCUCGCCCAAGAUCCAGAACUCACCCGAUGGAAAGACGAACGAUGAGGUCAUACGGCAGUUACGUGAGCUCGCGGAGGUGGACAUGGGCGGCGGUCAGAUAACACCUCGUGAGGAGGCAGAGCAAGCUGCUCAUCAGUUGCCUUCCUGGACAGAGUCACAGCACACCACUGGAAAUGGCGAUUUCGGCACAGAUAACAGCCAUGAGGUUGCAACCAUGCCAACCCCUGGUUAUGAGAACGGCGGAUGGAACAACAACGAUUAUCAUGCCCUAAAAGAUGACUGCAAGACCGAGUAUGAACAGGAGCAGGCUCCAGCAAACUCAGCUGAAGCAUGCUUGUCAUUGUUUGUUCAGAUGUCAGAACUUUGCCCCAGCAUGAGCAAUGGUGGCAUGAUGGACGAUAGCCAGCAGGCAAAUCCUGGUAUUGGCAUGCCAAUGCAAGCUUUCCCCAAAAGAAGUGGCUUUGAUGUUGUUGCUGGCCCUGACCGCGACAUUGUCAUUUCCCGCUAUAAAGAAAAGAGGAGGACAAGGAGAUUUGACAAACAGGUGCGAUAUGAGUCCCGCAAAGCUCGUGCGGACAGCAGGUUGAGAAUCAAGGGCCGUUUUGCAAAGGCAAAUCAGAGUUAAGUCUUGACUUUGCAGUAUACUAUUUUGCAUCUUGGACAGAAGGAAGGACACUAAUUAGGAGUGAGUGCAGAUGAUACAUAAGGCGUGAACAUUUUGUUGGUCUUCAGUUGGGCAGAUGUUCAUGUACAAUCUGAAUAAUGUACUCUUUCCGUCUCAAAAUAAGUGUCUCAAGCUUAGUACAAUAAAAAUUUGUACUAAACUUGAGACACUUAUUUUAAGACGGAGGGAGUACGUUGCAACAUAUGGGCUAUAUUAAUGUUUUGAGGGGAGUUGUUAGUCUAACCCUUGUAUAUAGUUUCCAUCUAUGAACUCUGUGAAAGUUAGUACUACAGGCAAGUGAGAGUGACAGAAUGCCAUUUUGGCAUGAUUUAGUGAA